UAAAAGUGUUUCCCAAACUUUCUAUAUGGGAACCCACUUUAUUUAAAGAAAGCAAAAUAUUGUGGACAUAAAUAUGAAGAAAUUGUGACAAAAGCAAAUUUGUGCAUAAAGUAUGCAUUAUUUACAACAUAUCUUUAACAAGAGAUUUAGAUCGAAAAAAAUCUGCAAUUUAGUUUGCACAGUCACAACCCAUCUGUGGGUCCCGACCCCAGUAAUUGGGGACCGUUGUUUUAAGGAUUAAAAUAUACCUGAAGUAAUAACUCCUUAAUAAAUAAUAGCUUGUCAUUAUUUAACUAUUUUAUACUUGGUUGAGAACCAAUGUUUAGUCUAGAUGGCUGUUAUUCAAUUUUACCUCCUAUAAUCUGGUAAAAGCUAACACUAGAUUUGCUCUUGCUAAGAGUUAGCCACCUAGUGCCAACAUAAAUGUCUUCUCCUGCUGUUACUGUUCUUGUAAGUUUUCCUACUUUAUUCAGCUACACUACACACUUGUUUAUUUCCACUUAAAUUCUUAGGUUAAUUCACACUUAGCAGCUAAGCUAAAAUAUAAACUAUUUUAUAACUGCUAAUUCAUGUAUAUUUAAAUUUUGUAUACAUAUUCAUUCAUAUUAUUUGGUUUAAAAGAUUAUUUAGCCAUAUAGCAGCUACACAAACAACAUAUCCACUGUUUUUUACCCUAAACAUUAGAUAAAGUUCAUACUUACACCAAUAUUAUUAAUUUAUUGUAUUUACAGACAUUUUAUAUUAUAUGUGGUGAACCUUAAUAUAUAUUGGAUAUUAACGAGCUAAAGUCUGAGUUAGCCACUUAGCUGCUUAACAUUAUUUUCCAGGUGUUUAUUCUUGCUAACAGUUCACAACAUUAGCUUUGUAGCAUUUAGCUCCGCGUGAGUUUCAGUGACGUCGCCGACCAACGGUCCAAUCCGGCCGCUGGUGACGUUCCUGACGUUAAUUUCUAUUCAUUUAUUUAUUUAUUUUCACCCUCUCCUCUCCGUCGCCCUCCAUUUUGGGAGUCAAAACACAGCCAGUGGACGGCGGCGCACACCUCCACGCGUCCCCGUGGCCUUACUAUGGUUCACACAUGUGUGGUGGCCGGCUGUAGGAACAGAAGAACCCCCGGCACCACGCUGUCCUUCUACCGUUUCCCCCGCGACCCCGCGAGGAAGCAGCGCUGGAUAGCUGCCGUGAACCGGGAGGGCUGGGUGCCCAACGACGGCAGUCGGCUGUGCAGCACUCACUUCAUCUCAGGUAAACAGGUGAAGAAUCCACGUUCUCCAGAUUAUGUUCCUUCAGUGUUCACAGCAGCUCCCUUAUCCCCAGAGAUGAAGGAGCCAGCAGCCCCAGAGAUGCUGGAUAAGCAGGAAGCACGCGUGGAGGCGGCCAACGCCUUGUUGUUCUUGCAGGGCCAGGGCAGAUCCUCCACCGGAGAGCAGGUCCAUGUGGAGCAUCCCAAGGAGAGAGAGAAGGAGGCCAUUGCAGAGGAAAGUGCGUCGUCCUCUCUCAGCACUGAUGAAGAUUAUGAAGAAUCUGUAAGUGACAGCAAGAAAGGCAGGUUUCCUCAGGCAUCAGGUAACUUUGAUGACCUCCUGAAAGUCCUGAAGAGGGAGAACCAGGCCCUCAGGGAGUCUGUGGAGAAGAUGUCCCUCUCUGAGAACUCCUUGAGGAACGAUGCGGAGAAAGUGAAGUUUUACACUGGUUUACCAAACUUCUUUGUCUUCGAGACGGUCAUGUGGCUGCUGGCACCUCACAUGGACGUGACGAAGAACGUGAAGCUCUCCAAGUUCCAGCAGCUGCUGCUGACUCUGAUGCGAUUGCGUCUGGACCUCCGCAAUCAAGACCUGGCUUACCGCUUUGGAGUAAAAGUCAGCACCGUCACCAGAACAGUGCACCGCAUGGUCAACAUCAUGUCCUCCACUCUGGUGCCCACAGCCGUCUUCUGGCCCUCCAGAGCCGAGCUCCGGAAAAACCUGCCGGCGGCUCUGCGCACCUCCCACCCUGACUGCGCCGUUAUCAUUGACUGUUUCACUGUGCCUUUUGAGGAGCCGGUUUCCUGGGGCAACCAGCAGCAGAGUGUGGUGCCAAGCUCUCAGGGCGUUGGGACAAGUUAUAACGUGUUGAAGUAUCUGAUCGGUGUGGCUCCGCAAGGCGUUGUCACCUUCGUGUCCAGGGGCGUGCUGGGAAACGUCAGUGACAAGAGUCUCGCUGAAGGCUGCGGAUUUCUGUGCAAACUCCUCCCAGGCGACAUCGUGUUGGCGAGUUGCAAUCUAGACAUUGCAGAUUCUGUGGCUGCCCGCGGAGCCCAGUUUAAAAUCGCUAGUAGCUACCAAGGGGAGACGUUCGGAGGUUUGGACGGCUCUCCGCUGCCAGAUUCUUCUUCUGAGACAUUAAGCGUGCAGAGGCACGUGGAGAGGGUGAUCUCCAUGGUGAAGCGGAGGUACACCAUGCUCACCGGUCCCGUCGAGACCCCGUUUACCACGGCGCCCGAGCGCACGUCAAACCUCUCCACCUUUGAUAAGAUCGUGCAAGUUGCCUGUGCCUUAAACAACCUGUGCAUCUCUGCUGCUCCGCUAGAGUGACUCGCACAGAAACACUUUGUGCCCCUAAACUGCUGGUCAGAUGCUCAAGAUCCCUUUACUGCUUUGGACCUGAGGCCCUUUUCUCCCACUGCUUCUCUGUGUCAACACCACACAACAACACUACCUUAUGAGUACAUUUGUUUGUACUAAUCCACAUUAGGGUUGACACUUUUCCCCAAAAAUCUAGUUUGGAUGAUUAUUAAUGUGACAUGCUAUUUCCCCCCCCUGCCACCUCACUCGGGUGGAGCCAACAGACAGACUUGUUCGUUGCUUUUCUGUUUACUUGGCGUUCAGUUCAGCGCGGUACGGUUUGGAACUGUAAAGCUUGGUAGGUGUCACAACGGACAACAUCCAGCAGCUCCUCUUUUCCUGCUUGGUUUGUGACUCUUUGUGUCAACAAGACGUCAAGGUGGUUUGUAUGAGCGUCGAAGAAGCCCCGGUCGCAAGGGGUGUGACUUUUUUCUGUCGCCCAAUCAGCUGACUGGUUCCGCCCUGACCGUACCAUACCGUUUUACUAUGGUAUCCCAAGGGAAGGGUGCUAGUUGGAAACACGGCUUAUGUUGUGGAACUAGAACUACAUCCACCUGUUGCUUUUCAGAUGCUUUGGUCUCACAGUUGUGCUUUCUGGAGGACCAUUUAGCUUUAGCAUUUUCACAACAAAACAACAUAACUGUCACUACCUGAUCUGGACCAGAAACCCAGUUUUGGUCUACGCAUGUUAUCCCUAACCGUAACCCCAGAAACAACCUUCGCAACUGGAAGUAGUCGCACAUGUGUAGAACAAAUCAGUCUUUUAGAUAGCCACAAUAAUAUUAUAUAGUGUCUUAUUUUUCUAAUGCAGUCUAAGAAGAUCUAAGAGCGCGCCAUCCCUGCUGGGUCAUUUGGUUAUUACCUCAGAUCAGAUAGACUAAUGCACUUCUGAGCUGUAUAUUUUGAAGUCCGACAGGUUUUUAAUCAAACCUUCCCUUAAGUUAGAAGAGAUAUUUGAAUUUCAGAAUUUCCCUUUAAGUUUCACUUUGGGUGAUAGUGACUCACUCUCACAUGGAGCAGUUCAUACUCAGAAAUGGCUUCUCCCAAAAUCCAGGAACCACAUUGCUGAGAUGUGAUGUCAUGAAGUUAUGCAACUCGACUGACAAAAGAAUUGCAGACGUGCAAAGGGUGGUAUUUUUUUGUAGGACUGUGUGAGUAAACAUUUUUGUCUUAAAUCGUUGCGUGUGUACACAGAAAGUGCAGCGUUGUUGGCGUGGGACUAACUCAGUCCAAAACAAAAGUCUGCACGUUUUCAUUCAAGUCAUUCCCACACAGCACAACGGCAGCUGACUUCACUCGGGGGUUUUUUUUCUCCCUGUGUUGCAGAAAAAGUGGGUUUAUUGGUUAAAGCUGCUGUUUUUUUGUUGUCGCUUCCCAGCGUAGAAAUCCAGAGCGAGUCAAAACAAAGUGUUUGCAUGGAGUUUAAAACAGGUUAAGAUAAGAGGGGCAGCUCGCAGGCUAGUGCAGUUACACCUCUGAGAUAUGAGAUAGAACAAUAUCACGGUUAAUGAGGAUUCUGAUGAACUACUGGGCGAUUACUCUCCAUAUUUUUGGAAUUUGUCAGCCUGAUGAUUGUGGAGAAAAUGAAACUGAGUGCUUAAAAGGAAUAUAUAUAUAUAUACACAUAUAAAUAUAUAAUUUUCUAGAAAUGAUCAGAAUCUACUUUAAUCAGUGUUGUAGUGCUUGAUUUUCAGGACUCGUGCCACUCACACUGACUGUUUCUUUUUUUGCUAAUUUUGACAAACAAUCACAGUAUCUACAUGUGUACUAACUAUAAAAGGUACACAUUGCAAUGAUUGCUUGAACUGUGAUACAUGGUAUACUCAAAUAUUUGUUGAUUUGUCACAAUAUUCCACAAUGCUACCUUAUAUUCAGUGUUUCCUUGAUAUUGUGCAGCCCUUAAAUGCUGAAAUAUUGCUCAAUUAUUGCAUCAUUUAACUGGAUUUUAGACUUUUCUUUUACACCAAUUUUGGAACUCCAGUUUGACUCGGACUAAAGACUCCAGGCGAUGAUUCACCUGUCAUGCGCGAAAGAAACUGGACGCUUGUCCACUCUGUGGUUUCUAACUGAGCUGGAUGAAGAUGACGCCACCGUUUACCACAGUAUUCAAACAGUGUUAAAUUAAUUUGCCAUUUCUAAAGAGAUGUUUUUUUUGUGCUGUUGAAGAAGACGGAAUUAUGUUUGUUCAGAGUAGCACAGAGAAAGGACAAACUCAUGAUCCGCAGAGAAACACUUCACACACAGACAGACUUUUGACUUGUUGUACAUGCUUCUGCGAUUCCUCACAGUCACACUGAAUCGAAGUAUUAUUUCGAGUUAUUGGAAUUAACGCAUUAUGGAUAAAAAACUAUAUUCCCCAAAGGCAACUAGCGUGGGUUCGGCUCAGACGCUAAGUGUUGUUGAUGAGGUGUGUCGACCUCAGCGCUCGGAGAACGUACGUUUAAUUAGUCACAGAUUCAUUUUUCCCAUCGUCCCGCGUUGCUCAGUGUGUCAUGCGCUGAUUGAUUGUAACCGUGCUGAACCAUGAGUACACGCCACUGAAAUGUCUCUGUUGUAGCACAAGGCUGCAGCCUGUUUUUGAGAGGUUACGCGGCGAUGACACACGCUCGUGGUGAUUUGUAGAGUUUCAGCUUAGAAUGAGGUUGUCGUGUACUCGUAUGACGUAUUUGUUUUUGUACACAGUUUAUUUUGCAGAAAUGCAUCUUGUGUUGUCCUGCAUAGCUGAUGCCUUAGUUCGUAAACCUAAAUCUGCCUGUUUUUUUUUCUAAAUACCAAAUGUUUUGGACCUUUCUCUGGUUGUUUACCACACUAUACACUCAACAAUCAUUCAUUCAUUCAUACCAGUAAGAAAGUACAGUAAGAAGUGACCUCUUUAUGCCACCUUUUCACUAUUUAAGUUGUAAAAACUCCAAAUGAUGUCAGGUAAUUCUUCGUAGAUUACACAUUAUAUCACAGACACAGGCUACAUCCACAUUACUCCAAGUUCAUUUAAAAACACAGAUUCUCCAGGAAUGACUCAUCGAAACCUUUGAAAACACUGUCUGUAUCUGGCUUUUAUUUUGAAAACUGUACGAGUGCAUUUUGGGACCCCUACAUACAAAAAUCCACCCUUGUGUUUUUGUGCGAACAAACAAUAAGCAGUGUUAUAAUUGUGUUUGGAGUUUGUGUCCAGCGCGCAAACUUUACGAUGCAUUCCGUUGGUUGUUGGAACUGGAAACUUCCCCUUCAGGAAUGCCCCGUGGCCUUGGACUUCCAACUCAGAAACUUGGAGCUACACUGUUUGUGUGCGCCAGAUACCACGUCGAGCUUUGCGAUUGACUGUUAUUGCCAACAGUAGCUAAUAAUGGCUAACCCAAGAUAUGUUUGCACGUCCACCUUCUGAACUGGAACACAGUAAACUUGGGGAGGAUACCCAAAUCUGGGAUACCCAACACGCAUCCCAGAUAUUGGACGCGUGGACUAGCAUGCGCGAACUGUAGCGCCGCUCUCUUCUUCUUUGGUAGGAAUGCGUCCUAUUCCCUGCGUCCUGACUUGUGUGUGAAGACAUUUCUUGAAACAGUGCCGUGUCAAGAAAAUUCUGUUUGCAUGUGAAUAAGAACCUAAAUUUGGGCAGGCAGAACUUUGAGCUGUCAAAGAAAAUUCUCUGUUCAAACAUACUUGUUUUCAAAUGAAGAUAUAGUUCUUUGGGUGUAGCCUUAGAAGGUGUUGAGGUUGCAAACAGUGUUGGGUGUUAAAAAGCUAAAAAAAAAUUACAAUGUUACCCCAAAGUCAUAUGUGCCUUCUGUGCUCAGGCCCCUCAGUAUAUUCCUGUUUUGAAACAAGCUUCCUCUGUUUUCUUUAAACGUGGCGCUUCCUUGUUUUUUGGACGUAGCCAUGUUAGCUUCUGCUGCUAAUGUAAUGGCCUUGUUGUAGCCCACUUUAAAGGGUGACUGUAAACCGUGAACAUGCACUGGUUUACACAUCACAACAAUUGAAGCCAUUAGAAUCUAAUAGUACGUCAAAUAAAAACACUUUUUAUUGUACUUUUUAAAGUUUUGGAGACUUUUUGUGUGACCAAAAUAUUUUGUCACCUUUUUUUUGGCUGUCUUUGUGAUUAAAUCAUCUUUAGUAAACGGUUAAUUUAGAGUUUUAAAGUUAUAUAUAGUUGCACAGAAAUGGCAAAUUCUUUAUUAAAAAACUAAUUUUUAUUUAUAUUGUGAUUUGAGUUGAGAUGUUGAAGAUUGUGAAACUCUGCGUUGAAGGAAAGUUAAAAGCAGAACCUUUAAUAAACAAAAGGUUGAAUUUCUUUCUCAGUAAUUAAGUUAAGUUUGUGUUUUUUCCUGAACCUCACUGUACAUUUCUGUCGCUCUGCCUUCACUGUUAUGGUUGCAUGUGCUUCCAUGUUGAUUAAAGGUUAAAUAUCCUCA